UCAGACUGACUGUGCUGCGAGGUCAGGUGGUGUUGGCGGUGCGUCAGCAGUACGUCGUCAUCGGCGACCAGGUGGUGACUCUGGCAGACGGGGACGAGGUUGCCGUGGUGCCGCCGCUCAGUGGAGGUUAGGAGAUGUGUGAGCAGCAGAGGGACGUCUUCAGGCUGAGCCAUGACAAGCUGUCGGUGCAGGAGGUGGCGGACGCCGUCAACAGCGCCUCCUGUGGAGCCGUUUCCAUGUUCAUAGGUACGACUCGAGAGGACAUGGUGGACAGCAAGAAGGUGGUUGGACUGGAGUAUGAGGCAUACGAGCCCAUGGCCCAAUCAGAGUUCAGCAGGCUGUGUGAUGACAUCAGAGCACGCUGGCCGAACGUGAAGCACGUCUGCAUCCACCACAGACUGGGGUGGGUGAAGGUGGGCGAGGCCAGCGUUGUCAUGGCGAUCUCGUCGCCGCACCGCAGUGACGGUCAGCAGGCGAUUCAGCAGGCCAUCAGCCAGCUGAAGGCCAGCGUUCCCAUCUGGAAGAAGGAAGUGUACGAUGACCAGGACUCCAGCUGGAAGGAGAACCAAGAGUGCUGCUGGUCCAGUCACGCCGUCCAGACCAAACCUGCUGUCUGAGUGCAAUUUCAAUAAAAACUGUGAGAAAA